CGGAGCUCAGAAACUGCCAGCAGAGAUCAGAGGCUUUGGGGCUGAAGCUGGAGGAAGGACUGGAAGGAAAAGAGGCAGGUUAGAGGGAAAGAGGUUUGGGAAGGAAACUGCUUGUUGUGUUUGAAAAGAGGCUAGUGACCAAGUGACCGUGGAGGUGAGGACGCAGGAGACAAGACUAUGAAAGCAAAAAAUGCAAAUAGAAAGGGUGGGGGGAUGUCAAGAAACGUCCACCGGGAGAAAUGAAGAGAAUGAAAGUUUUAUGCUGCAGAGCUGUUCUAUGUUUUUCCUGCACAAAAUUCUCUCGCUGUUUUUAAGCCCUCUUGUUUUUGCCAGCCGUUGAGGUUAAGCGGCAUGUUCAGCGGUGCGGGCAGCAUCUCUUCUUCCUUCUCUUCCUCCUCAUCUUCCUCCUCCUGCUCCUUUUUCUGCUCCUCAUUCUCCUCCCAUCGGCAAGAAGACAAACCGAGGACAGUCUUGAAAUAUCGAAAUUUCCUCCUUGGGAUUUGCCAGCGCCGCGUUGCGCCAAGACUGUCGGAAUAAAGGACGCUGACUAUCUUAUUAUCAUUAUUUUAUUAAUUGGUCAGUGGGAAGAUAACAGAUGAGGACAGGGGACAUCUGUCAACCUCUCUGCACUAAGACUGAAACAUGAGGCUGGAUUUGAGAAAGCUCUAAAAUGAAGCAAAAGGAACAAAAAUUUUAAGGCAGCCACAGAAGCCCUCACGUAGCACACUUUUAUUUAUAUUUUUGAGAUUUUUAUUUCUGUGGUGGGGGAGGCGAUCGGGUGGCUGGCUGGCUACGGGGAAGCUGCUGCCUUUCUUUUGGAAAUGAUUGUGCCAUUCUUCUUUGCCUUGCUCUGGAUGGUGGAAGGGGUGUUUUCCCAGCUUCAUUAUACGGUGCAGGAAGAGCAGGAACAUGGCACAUUCGUGGGAAAUAUCGCUGAAGAUCUGGGCUUGGACAUUACAAAACUUUCAGCUCGCAGGUUUCAGACAGUGGCCAACUCACGGACCCCUUACUUAGACCUCAACCUGGAGACCGGGGUGUUGUACGUAAACGAGAAGAUAGACCGCGAACAAAUCUGCAAGCAGAGUCCCUCUUGUGUCCUGCACCUGGAGGUCUUCCUUGAGAACCCCCUGGAGCUGUUCCGGGUAGAAAUCGAAGUGCUGGACAUCAAUGACAACCCUCCCUCUUUCCCGGAGCCAGACCUGACUGUGGAGAUCUCUGAGAGCGCCACUCCAGGCACCCGCUUUCCCUUGGAGAGCGCCUUCGACCCAGACGUGGGGACCAACUCCUUGCGAGACUACGAGAUCACCCCGAACAGCUACUUCUCUCUGGACGUGCAGACCCAGGGGGAUGGCAACCGAUUCGCGGAGCUGGUGCUAGAAAAGCCACUGGACCGAGAGCAGCAAGCGGUGCACCGCUACGUGCUGACCGCGGUGGAUGGGGGAGGAGGGGGAGGAGUAGGGGAAGGAGGGGGAGGCGGCGGGGGAGCCGGCCUGCCCCCCCAGCAGCAGCGCACCGGCACUGCUCUGCUCACCAUCCGAGUGCUAGAUUCCAACGACAAUGUGCCCGCGUUCGAUCAACCCGUCUACACUGUGUCCCUACCAGAGAACUCGCCCCCCGGCACGCUAGUGAUCCAGCUCAACGCCACCGAUCCGGAUGAGGGCCAGAACGGGGAGGUCGUGUACUCCUUCAGCAGUCACAUCUCACCGAGAGCCCGGGAGCUCUUCGGAUUGUCGCCGCGCACCGGCCGGCUGGAGGUGAGCGGCGAACUGGACUAUGAAGAGAGCCCAGUGUAUCAGGUGUACGUGCAAGCCAAGGACCUGGGCCCUAAUGCUGUACCUGCGCACUGCAAGGUGCUGGUGCGAGUGCUGGACGCGAACGACAACGCGCCGGAGAUCAGCUUCAGCACAGUGAAGGAGGCGGUGAGCGAGGGAGCGGCGCCUGGCACCGUGGUGGCUCUGUUCAGCGUGACCGAUCGCGACUCGGAGGAGAACGGGCAGGUGCAGUGCGAACUACUGGGAGACGUGCCAUUCCGCCUCAAGUCUUCCUUCAAGAAUUACUACACCAUCGUGACAGAAGCCCCUUUGGACCGAGAGGCUGGGGACUCCUACACCCUGACAGUGGUGGCCCGAGACCGGGGCGAGCCUGCGCUCUCCACCAGUAAGUCUAUCCAGGUCCAAGUGUCUGAUGUGAACGACAACGCGCCUCGCUUCAGUCAACCUGUCUACGACGUGUAUGUGACAGAAAACAACGUGCCAGGCGCCUACAUCUACGCGGUGAGCGCCACUGACCGCGAUGAAGGGGCCAAUGCCCAGCUAGCCUACUCCAUCCUCGAGUGCCAGAUCCAAGGCAUGAGCGUCUUCACCUACGUGUCCAUCAACUCCGAGAACGGCUACUUGUACGCUCUGCGGUCCUUCGACUACGAGCAGCUUAAGGACUUCAGCUUUCAAGUGGAAGCCCGGGACGCCGGCAGCCCCCAGGCGCUGGCGGGCAACGCCACGGUCAACAUCCUGAUAGUGGACCAGAAUGACAACGCCCCCGCCAUCGUGGCGCCCCUGCCGGGUCGCAAUGGGACUCCAGCACGCGAGGUGCUGCCCCGCUCCGCAGAGCCCGGCUACCUGCUCACUCGCGUGGCCGCGGUGGACGCGGACGACGGCGAGAACGCCAGGCUCACCUACAGCAUCGUGCGGGGCAACGAAAUGAACCUCUUCCGCAUGGACUGGCGCACUGGGGAGCUCCGCACCGCGCGCAGGGUCCCAGCCAAGCGCGACCCCCAGCGGCCUUAUGAGCUGGUGAUCGAAGUGCGCGACCACGGGCAGCCACCCCUGUCCUCCACCGCCACUCUAGUGGUUCAGCUGGUGGACGGCGCCGUGGAGCCCCAGGGCGGGGGCGGGGGCGGAGGCGGAGGGUCAGGGGAGCACCAGCGCCCCAGCCGUUCGGGCGGCGGGGAAACCUCGCUGGACCUCACCCUCAUCCUCAUCAUCGCCUUGGGCUCGGUGUCCUUCAUCUUCCUGCUGGCGAUGAUCGUGUUGGCUGUGCGCUGUCAAAAGGAGAAAAAGCUCAACAUCUACACGUGUCUAGCGAGCGAUUGCUGCCUCUGCUGCUGCUGCUGCGGCAGCGGGAGCUCCACUUGCUGUGGCCGCCAAGCCCGGGCGCGCAAGAAGAAACUCAGCAAGUCAGACAUUAUGUUAGUGCAGAGCUCCAAUGUACCUAGUAACCCCGCCCAGGUGCCGGUGGAAGAGUCCGGGGGCUUUGGCUCCCAUCACCACAACCAGAACUACUGCUACCAAGUCUGCCUCACCCCAGAGUCCGCCAAGACCGACCUGAUGUUCCUGAAGCCCUGCAGCCCUUCCAGGAGUACGGACGCUGAGCACAAUCCUUGUGGGGCCAUAGUUACCGGGUACAGCGACCAGCAGCCCGACAUCAUUUCCAACGGAAGCAUUUUGUCCAACGAGAAUAAACACCAGCGAGCAGAGCUCAGCUAUCUAGUUGACAGACCUCGCCGAGUUAACAGCUCUGCAUUCCAGGAGGCUGACAUAGUAAGCUCUAAGGACAGUGGUCAUGGAGACAGUGAACAGGGAGACAGUGAUCAUGACGUCACCAACCGUGGCCAGUCAGCUGGUAUGGAUCUCUUCUCCAACUGUACAGAGGAAUGUAAAGCGCUGGGCCACUCAGAUCGCUGCUGGAUGCCUUCUUUUGUCCCUUCGGAUGGACGCCAAGCUGCAGAUUACCGCAGCAACCUGCAUGUCCCAGGCAUGGACUCGGUUCCUGACACCGAGGUGUUUGAACCUCCGGAAGCCCAGCCUGGGGCAGAGCGAUCUUUCUCCACCUUUGGCAAAGAGAAGGCCCUGCAUGGCACCCUGGAGAGGAAGGAGCUGGAUGGACUGCUGUCUAAUACACGAGCGCCUUACAAACCACCAUAUUUGAAAAUACUAUGGAGGCAGCUGUGUGGUGAAACCCAUUUGGGGAAAGAUGGAAGCAAGUCAAGCACUACUUGAUGAACUCGGCCGCCCUCUCUCAAGUUGAGUGUUCGGACCAGACUGCACCCCAGCUAGCAGCAGGGCCGAAAAUCUCCGGAGAGACCCAAGCCAGAGGCACGGAGCCCAACUGUACUAAUUCUGAACCACACAAACUGUGAGAUAAAUGUUGGUAGAUUAUGUUGCUAUGCUCUGAGGAGUAUUGUUACACAACAAUAGAUAGCUAAUACAGUAGAUAAGUGAGGAUCCCAUUGUCCGUUCCAGUAAUACAAAGCAUUGAGUUUUCUGGUGUGAUGUGGCUAUUUUCUCAAACACUAUAUAUAUAAAACGUGCAAUUGCUGUUCCUUUGUAUUCCUCUUCAGUUCUCAAUUCUACUCUACUCAUCACCUCACACACACAUUCUCUUCUCUCCCCGUUCUGUGUCAGAUAUAUAUAUACACACACACACACACACACACAAGCAGAGGCCCCAUCAUUUUCUGGAUUAAUGUAUUGGCUUAAAAAAUAAAACUCUUCUCAUCAGAUGAAAUAUGUAUUAACUUUGGUGAAUUUCAGUUGUGGGAAUUACUUCUAAUUUUCUUCUUUGAAAGCAUUUGCUUUUCUAUGGAACCCUCUGUAGGACAUAUAGCCUUUUAUAUGCAGAUUGGUAUAAUUACACUUUGAAAUGGCUUUGAAUUCCCUGUAGCUUAAGCUGGGAACAUGAAAGGCCAAAUGUUAUACUGAACUGAAGAAUUCAAAUGUUAGUGCACAUCAAUCCAAAAUGAGAUAUAGGAAUGAACAGCCCUUUGCACAGUGCUGCCAGUUUUUGAUAGAUUAUUGAAGGAUCUUUAUAACUGCACAGACUGGAUGGCAUGAGCUUGCAGCACGGUGAUGGCCUUAUCUGUUCAUAUUUUUUAUUCUUUCAAUACCAAAGGGGGUGAGUACCUGUAAACUGAGGUAAAAGAAAUGGUCUCUGACAAAAGCGUUUCCUCUUUUCCAGAAUGAUAACCCUCGGCCCCACCUUAGAAAACAAUACCUUCUUUUCUUCAUAUUCCACUCUCCUUUUAUGCCAUGACUAACAUGCAGUAUGAUUGAGCAGACAGUAAACGUCACUACACAAAGUGAGCAGCAAUUGUGGAUCUUAUUAUAUUUUCAUUGGGAAUAAACCUUGUUCUUUUCCUGGCUAUGACCCCUUGAUUAAGAACUGUAUGAAAUUACAAAAACUUAAUAAAAAAUAUUUAAAAAAGAAAACAGUAUCUUCUAAGGAGGGAAUUGUCUACUCAAUCUGUCACACAAGAGACGGCAGCCUAGGUGACACAGGUCACAUUUUAGGAAGUCGGUGGCCAACACUUACCUCUGUCUAGAGCCCAGUGACAAACAAGGAAAUCUCUUCUACACAGGAAACAAGGUCCCAGUGUCAGUUCAGAAACAUUAAGAGUUUGCCAUCAAACUAUAUUAUAUGAAUAUUGCCAAAAUUCAAUAAAAAGUAAAAUUAUAUUUUGUAAAAGAAUAUUUAAAGCUGGAGCUGGAGGGAUGGCUCAAGGUUAAGAACACUUGCUGCUCUUGCAGAGGACCCAGAUUUGGUUUCCAGCACACAUAUUUGAAUCACAACUGCCCGUAAGUCCAGGUUCAGGAGAUUCAAUGCCCUCUUCUGGCCUCUGCUGGUACCAGGCAUAUACAGUGCACAUACACA